AACAGUUUUACCUUGAAGAUCCUAUCGAUGCGAUCGAGGCGGAUCUUUUUCUUCUGGUCCAGGCGGUUGAUGUUGCAAGCGUCUGAAUCCAUCAGGAACAGACCGAAGCCCAUCACCUGGAAACAACAGUUUCAGAAUGACGACGUACUCCAUACGACUCGACGACAUAGAUCUGGCGCUGCUGCCUCUGCGGAGCCAUAGCAACGACUUCUUGAAGAAGGAACACUUCCAGUUCCAGGUCAUCAAGGAACACACAGUUCCAGAAGUCCCAGAACUAUCAGAUGUCACCUACACAUGCCACAUAUGCGCCAUCAAUGUGCCAGCAGCAUUCGCUCGCGAGCACAACGCGAGCGUCAAGCACGAAACAAACGCGCGCAUCGCUCGCGUCGCCACGAUGCGCACUCACGCGCUCAUCUCCUCGGUCCCCCCUCCCCUCGCCGCGCAGACUGGCCGCUUCUGCGCUAACUGUGCGACGGUUGUCGAUGAAGACCAUGAGAAGACAAAAGAACAUCGAGUCGCUGUGAUGCAUGACAAUCUGUUGUCCGAGCUGAUGAAAGCGUACGUUGGCGACGAUGACGAGGCGAAAAAUGCUGAUAACAAGGUUGAUAAAAUAGAAACUAGUGACAAGAAAGAUGAACAAUACAUGAAAGUAGUUGAAGAGAUUGUUAAUGUUAAUAACAACGUGGUAAAUAAAGCUAUACAACUCCAAGCAGAACACAUCGCAGAUAAUAUAGCAACAAAAGUCAUGCCACCGGUUGCCAGUUCUGCAACCAACGAUGUGGGCGCGGAAAGUAAAGACGAAGUUUUAAAUAAAGGCGAUAAUCCUAAAAAUACCAUGAUCACUAACAAAAAUGCCACUAAUCCACCUGCAAAUUCAGUUUUGCAUACAACAAGCCGUUGGGUAAAAACUCUUCCUCAAACUAAAGAUGCGACAGAAAAUGGAGGUCUAAAUGAGAUUGGUACUAUGAUAAAUAAAAAUGGAAAAGAAAUUAUUGAACGGAAAGCAAAAGCAGUAAGGGCGCCCUACGAAAAAGAACUGCGCAAAUUUAUGGAUGCUGAAAAUCAAUACCAAAUGAAAGAAUCACACUACAGAAUAUUUAUAAAGAUGCAUGACGAUACUGUAAAUGUGUAUAGUGAUCAUUUCCACAGUUUCCACAGAAUUUAUAGAACUGAUGACAUUGAAUGCAUAGUUUGUGAUAUUACUUUUAAUGAAGAAGAUUGGGAAGAACACAAAUACAGUUUGAAUCACAUGAGUGCUGUCGUUAAAAUUGGAAAUGAUGGCGAAUACGUAAGGAAGGUAAACGAAAUAUUCAGCCACUGCAUACUGUGCAACCAGAAAAUCAACAAUUUAAACCUAUCAAAACACAAGCAAUCACAACAUCACAAAUUACGAAGAACCAACAAUGUUAGAAGCGCUAAACCUAAAGAAGACAAAACUGAGAAAAACAAAGAGAAUAACAACACGGACAAAACUGAAAUAAACGACAAGAAAAGUACCGUUGAUGUUAAUGAAUCUUAUGAAGAGAUAGAAGGAGAAUUGCGGUGUCUCGUUUGCGAAUGCAGAGUACCAAAGGAUGUACGCAAUAGAGAAGACCAUCUAAAGGGAUUUAGACAUUUGAAUAAUCUGAAAUCUAAGAAGACAUAAAUUAGGCCGAGUGACCUGAACGGCUUUUGAAAAGCGAGACAAUCAAAUAUUUAGAAAUAGAAAUUUAAUUUGUAACUUAAUUUUUAACGACUAAUAAAUAGCAUGU